AUGUUUCAAGGUAUCAAUAAUGAUCGGCCCAGCACUAGCAAACUAUUUAAAGUAAUUGAUUUCAUCUGGAAUCAACAUGAACUAAGCAAAUUAGAAAAUAUCAGAAGAAUGCUGUUAGAUUGUGAUGAUAGUGCCAUAAACAACCAUUUCGUGGAGUUGAAGGCAGUGCUCAUGAAGUUCACUGCGAUGACUUUGAAAUCAAAAAAAAGACUAAGCCAGGUUAAAAAAAGAAGGAGCGAAAGUAAGAACAUUGUUGAUGCAAUUAGCGAGCACAUGAAAGAGACAUAUCAUAAUACUAUUAAGGGUUAG